CAUCUUACACAACAAUCGUUUCAGAGCUUCGUUAAUUUUCACCUUUCACCAUUCACCAAUCUUUUUUUACGUUCAAAUGGCUCGUACCAAGCAGACUGCAAGGAAAUCCACCGGAGGAAAGGCUCCAAGGAAGCAGUUGGCCACCAAGGCGGCAAGGAAGUCAGCUCCGGCCACCGGCGGAGUGAAGAAGCCACACAGAUUCAGGCCUGGAACAGUCGCAUUGAGAGAGAUCAGGAAGUAUCAGAAGAGCACUGAGCUUUUGAUCAGGAAGCUUCCGUUCCAGAGACUCGUGAGGGAAAUCGCUCAAGAUUUCAAGACCGAUCUUCGUUUCCAAAGCUCCGCCGUGGCUGCUCUACAGGAGGCUUCCGAAGCUUACCUUGUUGGGCUCUUUGAAGACACAAAUCUGUGUGCGAUUCAUGCUAAAAGAGUCACCAUCAUGCCUAAGGAUAUGCAGCUCGCUCGUAGGAUUCGUGGUGAGAGGGCUUUUGAAAAUUUGCCGCUAUUUCUCUCCCAGAUAUGUGCAUUAUAUAAACCUUCGCAUACCCUUAAUCCAAAAUCGCCAGUUUAUUCAACAACAAUCCUUAAAAAUCCUUUUCUUUUUCCUCUCGAAGCUCUUUUCUACCUUCCAAUGGCUCGUACCAAGCAGACUGCAAGGAAAUCCACCGGAGGAAAGGCUCCAAGGAAGCAGUUGGCCACCAAGGCGGCAAGGAAGUCAGCCCCGGCCACCGGCGGAGUGAAGAAGCCACACAGAUUCAGGCCUGGAACAGUCGCAUUGAGAGAGAUCAGGAAGUACCAAAAGAGCACCGAGCUUUUGAUCAGGAAGCUUCCAUUCCAGAGACUCGUGAGGGAAAUCGCUCAAGAUUUCAAGACCGAUCUGCGUUUCCAAAGCUCCGCCGUGGCUGCUCUACAGGAGGCUUCCGAAGCUUACCUUGUUGGGCUCUUUGAAGACACAAAUUUGUGUGCGAUUCAUGCUAAAAGAGUCACCAUCAUGCCUAAGGAUAUGCAGCUCGCUCGUAGGAUUCGUGGUGAGAGGGCAUAGACUUAGAUUUCCAAAAUUAGCAUGUAGAUCUUGAUUAGUUUGGUUUGUUUCUUUGCGUUUUGUUUAAUCUAAUUAUAUUGAAUGGAAAUUACAUUUUGGUGUUCAUAAA